AUUAUGUUUUUAUCAAACCUUAAAAAUUGACGUAUAUAGUGUUAAAUCAAACAAUUUGUGCAAUUUUUUUUGUUUAUUUUAUAGUCUUAUGUGGUUCUAAUUGUUUCAAAUUACCAACUGUUCUUGUUAACAAUAAUUUUGAUUCUCUACCGAGGAGCUGAAGUCGAAUAUUUACAAAAACUACACAAUCGUAGUCGCUUUAUCGAUUUCACCAAAACACACGACGGCUAUAUACUGAAUUGGUGACUGUUUAGAUAAUGGAAGUGUCAGCCGAUCCAUAUGAGCAAAAACUAUAUCAAAUGUUCCAAAGCUGUGAGACAGCUCAGCAACGAAACAAUGGUUUGCUCGAUGAAGCUUCACUGACUCGACUUUGUCAACUCUUGCAACUUCGGGAUCAAGGAUCUGCACUGAUUUCUAGUCUUACCGCGAAUAAUAGCGCCAAGAUUGGCGUUUCGUUUGAGCAGUUUAAAGAGGCCCUGCUUCAUUUUUUAGGUACAGAGUUCGAUGGUUCAACAUCGCGACCGGGAUUAGGAACAUCGUCAGGAUUAAAAGAACGAUCCCUGGUGAUAAGUGACGAGACAACUAACACAAAUAUUGAGAGUCCUCCCGAGCCAGAAGCUUCGGAUCGUGAAGUUUCUCCAAAACUAGUUGUGGGCACUAAGAAAUACGGGCGCCGUUCAAAACCGCAUCAGGAUAUUGGUAUAAAUGCGCGAUCUGCCACAGACUCGGACAACACAGAUGAAGAUCCGCAUCAAAGUGUCAAUGGCUGCACUGACCAGAUAGCCCAAGUGCAACGCUCGUCGUCACAAAGCGAUAUACCAGGCAGCCGGCGUCUGCGUUCCAUCCACAUUAAUGGCAGUAAGUUGAAGCGUUGCGCUUCAUUACCAGCUCGCAAAAACCUUCAAUUUAAAAUGCUGACUUCCACGACAACAUCCACGACGGUCGCUACUCAAGUCGGCAGUGGUAGCAAUAGAAGUAAUCUAAGAGAACCAAACCAGGAGUGUAGUAGCGUGGAGUCACUAGGCCAUCAUCAGACAGCACAGUUAGUGCACUGCAGCGCCGGAUACCGUUUAAGUUGCAAAGAUAUUGUGACACCACACCAACUCGAGACCUUAAGUGCGCACAGUAUUAUUGAAACCUGGGAAAUGUCGAGUAUCGCAAAUAGCAGUGGAUUGCUGCAUGCUUUGGGCUUUGAUGAAGUGGAGGUGAACCUUAGUCAACUGACUAAAGUUUUGGAAGAGGAAUUGCGAAGUCUAGAUCAAGAUCCGCAAACCAAUAUGUUACGCGCUUUGGUUUCGCUACAAGCGAUGGAACUGGGUUCGCUGCGACAGGCAUUCCGUCAGCAGCACGGUGAAAAUCUAAAGCUUCGAUCGGAUAACAAGGCUGCCAAUCAGCGUGUGUCAUUGUUGGCUGCCGAAGUGGAUGAGCGGCAUGCAAUAAUGGAAGAAAAUCGCAAGCAGCAAGUGCUUCAACUUGAACAGAGACAUGCGAGUAUGGUGCGUGAAUUUACGCAGCGGAUAAGCAACGAUCGGGAUCACUGGACAGGCAUGAUUACUAAACUUGAGGUACAGAUCAAGAGUUUGGAACAGGAGGAAAUUAGGUUGAAGACCGAUCUGGAGUUGGUGCGUAAUGAAAACUCUGAACUGCAGAUCGAACAGCAGAACUCUCAACUCCAACUGACCGAGUUACUUGAAAAAAAUAUCAAACUGAACCAGGAUCUGGCAAGCUCCGAAAUUCUAGAACCAGUUGUAAAGCAAGAGAAUCAUAUCGAUCUGGCUUCUGAAAAGAAUAAGAUUUCAGAAGACGAUGAAAUGUUGCAUGUAAUUGAAAAAAUGACAGCGUUGCAAAUGGAAAACGCGCAGUUGCGAGAUAAAACCGAUGAGCUAACAAUAGAAAUUGAGAACUUGUACGUCGACUUAGCUCGUACAAAAUCAAGAAAAAAGAAGCAGGUUGCUGCUUCCUGUGGAGUAUCUGCUGUCGACUCGUCUGAUUUCGACGAGCUUGAAGCUGUGAAUGUUGGUUUGGCAACCAAGCGUAGAGGCGACUCACCGAGCAAAACGCAUAUAACUGAAGAAAGUCCAAGGCUAGGGAAACAACGUAAAUGUUCAGAAGAUGGCGAGGUAAGCGAUAACAGCGGCGAUUGGUUGGCGCUUAACUCUGAACUUAAAUGCUGUAAAAAACAUGAACAGGAGCUCGCUACUUUACGACAAAAAGUGGCUCAGUUGCAGCAAGAAUUACAAACAUCGACGAUGAAAUCAAGUGACAUGGUUAAUAGUGAUAGUGGUAGCCGUGCCACAACACCAGAAAUUCGUUGUAAAGAAUUAGAAAGCAGUCUAGAGCAAAUGCAGCGCGCUUACGAGGAUUGUGAGGAUUAUUGGCAAUCGAAGCUCACGGAGGAAAGGCAAUUAUUCGACAAGGAACGGCAGAUUUACGAGGACGAACAGAUUGAAAGUGACAAAAAAUUUACUGAGUUGAUGGAAAAGGUUCGCGAGUAUGAAGAACAGUUCAGCAAGGAUGGUCGACUGUCGCCGAUUGAUGAGCGCGAUACGCUUGAACAGCAGUAUAUUGAGCUCGAGGAGGAGGCCACAGCCAUGCGUAAUAACUCCAUCCGAAUGCUGGAGGAAAAGUCGCAGCAAAUUAACUUGCUUCAGUGCGAAAUUGAAGAUCUGCGCACACGUCUCGGUGAGAGUGUCGAAAUUCUAACUGGUGCUAGCGAGAUAAAUCCGGAAUCACUGCAUCAGAUUAAUGCACAAGUCGGGCAAAGCCCUGCCAGUUCCCCCAUUAGCUAUUUAUGGCACCAAAGUACCAUCCAAGAGCCUCUAAAAUCCUUUGAUGAUGCUACAGAGGAAAGUAAUACUAAAACAUUGGCAUUGCUUCCUGCAUCACCUUCACGGAAAGUAAUUAGCCGAAACAAUCUUACCACAUCCGAGACCUCCAUCUUCAGUACAACACCACUUGAUAGUUCGUCGUCGGGGCCCUCGCCCACACACUUGGAUACUACCUAUGUCUCGUCCGCAGUGUGCCCGCCUGCCCCUAUUUGUAAGCCCAAGCAAGUGCAUUCGGAGGGGGAAAUUGCUGAUUGUGAGACUUCGUCAACGGCAUCGAACAAGAGCUUUGAUUCGCACAGUGUAGUAUCAACUAGUAAAACAUCUUGCCUUAGCAACGACAAAUGUAACAGUCCAAGCCUAUUAAAGGAGGAACUAAAACGCCUCAAGUUUUUUGAGUUGUCUCUAAAAGAGCAGAUUAAAGACUUGAGCCUGCAACGUGACGGUUUAGUAAUGGAACUGCAACAGUUGCAGGAGGCACGUCCAGUUCUUGAAAAGGCUUAUGCGCGAACCACGCAUCCGACGCUGCAACAAAGGCUAAACCAACUAGAGUUGCGUAAUCGUCAUUUGCAAAAUGUGAUCAAGCAGCAACAAAAGUAUACCGAGUCCCUGAUGCAGCAAUCUUGGCGACAGCAUCAAGUGGAUCUCAAUGAUUUACAUGGCCGGCUAGAAGCGCAGACUGUUAUGCUUACCGAUCAGACACAACGCCUGCAAAACGCUGACAUACUUGUAAAAGACUUAUAUGUGGAGAACUCGCACUUGACAGCUACCGUGCAGCGACUCGAGCAACAAAAAAUGCGCGUCAACUUAAUACACCAACAACAGCAGCACCUUACUGGUGGCGGCUUAACUGGCCUAUCAGGAAUGCCUUAAACAGUAAAAUAUACUAAAAAGCUGAACAAAAAUUGAAAAAAAGAGCACAACGAAGUCAAAUCUGUACCAAUAUACUCGGCAUUACUGUUGCAAGAUAUUGUUAUAAAUAUUACAUACAAAUUUACUUUACAUACUA